AUGCACUCUUUAAUUCAACUCCUUACAGUUUCUUCCGCUCCUACUCUUACCAUCAACACCCUCCCGGAAGAAGAGGUGUUACCUAUAGGGUCCAACGUAACAGUAACUUGUACCAGCAACACUUCGAAAGAGGGUAUUUCCGACCCAAUAUACGACAUGCCAUAUUGGAUGCAAAUCUAUUUCGGCCAUGAUAGCCGGUUAAUUACGAUAAAAAGUUGCGGUGGUCGCAGAAGCGACAGGGAGGAAAGCAAGGUUUGCAGCUAUGUCAUUCACAAUGCAUCAAGGAGCGAUUCUGGUAAUUACACCUGUUGAACUAGAAAUUCUCGGAAAUGCACAAUCGGGUCUAUUCAGUUAGAUUUCAAAGGUAAUAUUGACUUACAGUGCGUUGAAUUUUACUGUAUUUAAUAUUACAAUAAGUGUACGUAAUUUCUACGAAAAAAACAAACAGAAAAUUAUUUAACUAAAGGCUAAUCAGUCAAGGUUAUCCAACGUCACAAACGCAAAUGUCCACCAAUUCCAUUCAGGAGUUCACCCUUUAUUUUAUCCCUUUUCUCGGCUGAUAUAGAAUUCAAAUUUUUGUUUUAAAAUCAGUUUCUUUUUUUAUUGUUUGUUAUUUUCUAUUUUUUUUAUUUUCUUUUUACAGAAAAAAUUCCUCCAGUUUUCACUGUGAACCCUCCAGUACAAGUGUUAAUAUCUUCUGGUGGUAAAGCCAGCAUGACUUGUAAGGCAUCAGGUUUCCCAGUCCCUCUAAUAACAUGGUUCAAGGAUGGGAUUCCUGUACCAAGGGCAAACACCACUGGCGAAAAGGGACUCUCGAUCUUGACUCUUGAAUUGGUCAAACCAGUUAACCAAUUAAGGAAAAUACUGGUGCGAAGCAAACAACUCGGAUGGCUGGCCGGCAAAGAUCACUAAUUACAAAAUUGAGUUUGAGCCAAGGUAAGUUGUCCUUCUUUUCAUCGCUGGAAGUCAAGGAAGUGAAUCCGCAGUAGAAAAACCAGAAUUUGCUUGGCGUUACUAUAAUCUAAUUUUAUGGCAAAGAGCUGCAAACACGUUAAUUUGUCAUGGGUAGUUUUUUGUUUGUUUGUUUGUUUGCAUGUUUUUUUAAUAAUAAUAACACGUAAUUUCUACAAAGUCUCAAGUCUAGGUGGUAGUCCACAAUGGUGAUAGAAUGCCUCAUAUAGCCCUGGUAAGGAGUUGCCUUUGGUUAGUAAUCGACCAUUCAGACACGUCAUGAAACGUUUAUCGUAAGACAGAAGACGUAUCUUAUUUAAGAUAUAUCUAUUUAUAUAUAUUUUUUUAUCUUAAGACGGGUCUUAUUUUUCAUAGUCCCUUCCUUAGAAACGUGCCCUGUAGCUAGGAGCUAAAGUACUCACAAUUAGGUCAUCUUUAUUAUUACACAGCCUUUCGAAGACAAGACUUUUCCUGUUUUUUCUUUUUUGUUUUAUCUCAGUAACUCAAAAAAUGGAACGAAGAAUUAGUAGAGGGCUCUGAGCGUUGGUUAACAUUUAUUGUUCAGAGAAAUCAGACCUGCUCACUCAGUAAGACUACAAGAUAACUCAAUGCAGCGCUAGGUGAAGCCCACUCCAGUGCGCAUGCUCCAUCCAGUGCUGAAUCCAAAAAUUCAUGUCUGCUUUCCGCUCACCUCUUACAGGUAAAAUACGUUCGUAAAGUUGAUUUUCCUUUCUUUUUUUUCCGUUAUUUUUCCUGCAGUGCCAACCGUUUCAAUUCAUCCGAAAAACGUGUUCGUGUCAUUCAAAGAAAAUAUUACUUUAGGGGAUAAGGGGGCAAAGAGGUAAUGGGUUGCACCCCUGAGUGGAGCCUCCCCAUUUAAAAAUUGUUGAGAGUACCCACCUCCCUCCUCCCUCCCCCCCAGGGAUGCGACUAAUAGAAUUGAAACAAUCUUUCCUCCAGAAAGCACUGUCAUCUCUUUCUAUCGCCAUUCGGCAAGUCUCGCUGCCUCCCCUGGUGAACACGUGAUAUUUACAUGUGCUGUCGAAGGAUCUCCAGCACCCUAAAGCCCCUAAAGAAUGGUUUGAUGAUAAGGCCAAGACCUAUCAGGGAAGAGAAAGCACAAUCUCAGAGAUGCACAUUCUUAACUUUCAAGAACAUCAUGCUGGUAACUACACCUGCAAGGCAGCAAACGCUAUGGGGAGUGGCGUCUCCAGGAAUACAUUGCUUUCCUCAACAGGAAAACCUGACUCCGCGAAAAGCAAGUUAUAUUAAGUUUCUUUAUUGUAAGGUUUCUUGAUUUUGUGUAAACUAAUUGACAAGAGGGCAUAUGGAAGAAUACAAGAUGGUUUUUCCUGGUGCAGCUUUAGUUUUACCUGAAUCUAAGCUAUUACGAAGACUCAUGCAGGGGGAGAAUGGAAAUACUAAUUAACUCAAUUUUUUAUCACUGCCAGUAUUGACUCUCUGAAGUUACUUGUAUGGGGUGACCGUGAAAAGACUUAUUGCUCGAGCACUUUAAUCUUAUAGAGAACUAAGGUUCUGUUAUAAGUACAUGAAUGCGUUCACCGAGGGAGAAUAACACGUGUAGCACGGCUUGCGUAUAUCAUGUCUCCCACUAGCCUCCCAUGCAGGCGUUUUUAGGGGAGUUCGUUUUCAUCCCUCCCCACAAACGCCCGCUCAACCGAAAACAAUGUUGUUUUCGGUUGAGCAGGCGUUUGUUGGGAGGGAUGAAAAACGAGCUCCCCUAAAAACGCCUGCGUAAGAGGCUAGUCUCCCUCGACUCGUCCCUCUCUCUAUGAUUUGUACUGAAGCCGCUGGAAGAAAUUAAUGGGAGAGGACUUUUAGUAAGAUCUCAGCAGUAAAGAGGUAUCGUGUCCACGUAUUUCCAUUUCAUUUAACUUUCAUUGUCAUUUCUAUUUACUUCAGGAGACACGUCACCCUCUUCAAGAGUUUCUUUGCUUUUCUGGAUUUUAGUCGCCGCUACCGCAGCAUUGAUUCUUGUG